UUGAACAGCUGUUACAGAGGCUGAAGACCCUGCCUGGAAAAGAUUCGGUGGGGGACAGCGCUGCUGGAAUCAGGAUUGGCCGCUGAGUUGGAGUUGCCCCGCCUGCUCCCAUGUCCGCGGCUGAACACCUGGACCCGAUUCCUGACAACUUCAUCCUGCAGCCGCCGGUCUUCCACCCGGUGGUUCCCUAUACCACAACAAUUUUCGGUGGCCUGUAUGCAGGCAAGAUGAUCAUGCUGCAGGGUGUGGUCCCUCUACAUGCACAAAGGUUUCAGGUGGACUUCCAAUGUGGGUGCAGCCUGCACCCUCGGCCAGAUAUUGCCUUCCACUUCAACCCUCGCUUCUACACUGUCAAACCCCAUGUCAUCUGCAACACCCUUCAAGGUGGAGUCUGGCAGAAAGAGGUCCGGUGGCCUGGUGUCACCCUGCAGAGAGGUGCUAGCUUCCUCGUCCUCUUUCUCUUUGAGAACGAAGAGGUGAAGGUGAGUGUUAAUGGACAGCAUUUUCUUCACUACCGCUACCGGCUCCCACUGUCACGUGUGGACACCCUGGGCAUAUAUGGUGACAUUUUGGUGAAGGCUGUUGGAUUCUUGAACAGCAAUCCAUUUGUGGAAGGCAGCAGAGAGUAUCCAGUUGGAUAUCCCUUCCUGCUGUAUAGCCCCAGACUGGAGGUGCCCUGCUCACGUACUCUUCCUCAGGGUCUCUGGCCUGGGCAAGUCAUCGUAGUUCGAGGACUGGUCUUGCAAGAACCGAAAGAUUUCACCCUGAGCCUGAGGGAUGGGGCCACCCGUGUUCCUGUGACACUCAGAGCUUCCUUCACAGACAGAACACUGGCCUGGGUCUCCUCCUGGGGACGAAAGAAGCUGAUCUCAGCCCCCUUCCUCUUUUACCCCCAGCGAUUCUUCGAGGUACUGCUUCUGUGCCAGGAGGGAGGGCUGAAGCUGGCACUCAAUGGGCAAGGGCUGGGGGCCACCAGCCUGGAUCAGAAAGCCCUGGAGCAGCUGCGGGAGCUCAGGAUCAGUGGAAGUGUCCAUCUCUACUGCGUCCACUACUAG